AGAGAGUGGCAGAGAUCCAUCAACAUAAACAUUACGUAGUACGUGUGCUACUGCAAUGGAAGCACACAUGGUCUUGGUCGGCUCUCUCUCUUCUUCCUUCUUCGUCGCUCUUUUCCUCUUCGUCUUCUUCAUCGCAACUCUAAAGAGGAUGAGGAAGAGUAGUGAGGCGGGACAAAAGCUAGUCCGUCUUCCGCCUGGACCGCCUAGACUUCCGCUCGUCGGAAACAUCCACCACCUCGCCGGUGCCAAUCCCCACCGCAAGCUCCGCCACCUUGCCCGAGCUCAUGGCCCACUCUUGCUUCUCCGGCUCGGCCAGGCGGACCUAGUGGUCGCCUCCUCCGUGGAAGCCGUGGAGGAGAUCGUCAAGGUUCACGAUCUCAACUUCGCCGACCGGCCGUCGGACUUGACCUUCGCCAACAUAUUGUCCUACGACGGCCUCAGCGUCGCCAUGGCUCCCUACGGCGGCUACUGGAAGCAGAUGAGGAAGGUGUACGCCAUGGAGCUACUCAACUCCCGUCGCGUGAAGUCCUUCGCCGCGAUUCGCGAGCGCGCGGUCCGUAAGCUCUCCGUGGAGAUCGCAAAUGCGUCGCGCAGCCAGAGUACUGCGCCUCUCAACCUCAGCCAGAUGGUGAUGUCGAUGACGAACGAGCUCGUGAUCAGAGCGGCAUUCGGGGAGAGGUGCGAGCAGAAAGGGAAGUUCUUGAAGCUGGUGAAGGAAGGGGUGGGCUUGGUCACCAGCUUCGCCGUGGCCGACAUGUUCCCGUCGCUCAAGUUCUUGGACACCCUCACCGGCUUAAAGUUCAAGUUGCAGAGCGUCCGGCGGCAGAUCGACGAGGUGUUCGACGAGAUCAUCUCUCAGCGUCAAGUUGAUCGAGCUUCAGGCUCUUCGGAGGAGGAGGAUCGAAUCAUCGACGUGCUUCUGAGGCUUAAGGACCAAGCCGACGACGACCAAGAGUUUCCAAUAACAUCCACCAGCAUCAAGGCCAUCGUCUUGGAAAUAUUUCUCGGAGGAACAGAGACAUCGUCGACGGUGAUCGAGUGGGCUAUGUCGGAGUUGAUGAAGAACCCGGAGGUGAUGGAGAAGGCCCAAAGGGAGAUCAGGGAGUCUAUGCAAGGACAGGGAAAGACAGAGCUGGAAGAGAGCGACAUCGCCAAGUUCGACUACCUUAAAUUAGUGAUCAAGGAGACGCUGAGGCUUCACCCGCCGGGGCCCCUGUUGCUGCCGAGGGUGUGCAGGGAGACGUGCGAGGUUCUCGGAUACAGAGUGCCGGCAGGGGCUCGAGUGCUGAUCAACGCGUGGGCAUUGGGCAGGGACGAGCGCUACUGGGGCGCCGACGCUGAGAGUUUCAGGCCAGAGAGAUUCGCCAGCGGCGCCGUCGAUUUCAGGGGGUUCAACUUUGAGUUUGUGCCGUUUGGCGCAGGACGAAGGAUAUGCCCCGGCAUGACGUUUGGACUGUCGUCGGUGGAAGUUGGGUUGGCUCACCUUCUCUUCUACUUCGACUGGAAACUUCCCGGCGGAAUGAACGCAAAAGAAUUGGACAUGACGGAGAUUUCCGGGGCCAGUGCGCCGAGAAAAUCGCCUCUGUUCUUGCUUGCCAACCCGCGAGUUCCUCUGCCGUAGCCUACUCUUUGCCUUCUAUUACUAUAUAUAUAUAUAUAUAUAUCUUACUUGUAUUAAUGAUGAUAAAUAAGAGUGAUUACUGUUUACUCAGGUUUAGGUUUGAAGGAAAAUAUCAUAUUUUGACAAAUUAGGUUAUGAUGGGUGAUAAUAAUAUACUUGAAUUGUGUUU